AUGGGAAAGUCAAGUUAUGUAUGCAAGAGACAGGAGGCAAAGAAGAGACAUAAUGGAGAUAAUGAUGGUUCAAAUCCAACCAUUCCUUGGGCGUGGUUCGAGCGAGAAUUCAAUGAUCAGUAUUUAGAUGUUAUGUCUCGGGAAGCGCUUCGACAGCAAUUCGUUAGCCUAAAACAAGGGAGUGGUACUGUUCAGGACUACAAUAUGAAAUGCGACAACUUGAUGAGGAAGGUGACAUUCCAGAAACCGGGGACUAAGCCAUUUUCAUUGCAAUUCAGACAAGUUGGUGAUCGAAUCACGACAAUCUCAGCUUUACAGGCACAGCAUCUAAUCGAGUCAGGUUGUACCGCCUACCUUGUAUCAGCCAUGCAGACGAAAUCGGAGCUCCAAGAAAAGAAUCAGAAAUUGAACCUUUCCACCAAGAGCCAGCCUAUAGUGAAAUUGAUCGAUUUUGAGCCGAUGAUCAGAGUGUUUGUUUGGAAGGAGGUAGUCCCAUCCUCGGUAUCUAGUGAGCCAAUGAAAUUUUCUUCCAGAGAGGAGCCUUACCUAAAGAAGAAACUAUGCCCCUGGUUUGAAGCGAGAAAAGACAGCCUUUACCAUCUUGACGAUAACGAGUCACUAGUCUACAACAUUGGAAGAGUUCCACUAGGACAGCAAAUCAGCUACUUCGAAAAGACCAGAGCUCAGAUACUGGAGAACAUGGAGGAGGAAGCAGCAAGUGAUUUCUUCAAGACGGCGCUCUUCAUUGUAGCUGCAGGAUCCAAUGACAUUUUGGAGUAUCUUUCACCUUCAGUACCGUUCUUUGGACGAGAGAAGCCUUAUCCUUCAUACUUUCUGGACGUGUUGGUUUCCAAUCUGACAUUUUAUCAGAAGAGGCUAAAUGAACUGGGUGCUCGAAAGUUUGUUGUGUCCGACGUCGGGCCACUCGGUUGUAUACCGUACGUUCGUGCUCUGGAGUUCAUGCCUACAGGGGAGUGUUCAGCAUCCGCGAAUCGAGUCACUGAAGGUUACAACAAGAAAUUGAAGAGGAUGGUCGAAAAGAUGAACCAGGAGAUGGGUCCAGAGAGCAAAUUUGUGUACGUAAAUACGAAGGAGUUUGGCAGCGCCGAAGCAGAGGAAGGAACCCGAAGCAAUGGAAAGAACGACGACCUAGGAGGUAGUAGUAGUACGAAGCCGGAAGGUGGUUUGAUUCAGAAGUUGAGUGAGGAGGCUUCGACCGUCGCCACAAAGAUUCUUAUGAGGCAUGCUUCUGACGGGCUGCCACGCGGGAGGUACUGGAAGACUUUUCAAAGGGCUAAGUAUAGGCACCGGGAAAGAGUGGGGGGUUGA